CACAGAGCGGUACGCAAAAAUGCCAACCCCAAAGAAGCGCAAGGAGGAAAUGCUAACCUCGAAGAUGGGCAAGAAAGGCUUCGACAAAGAGGGACGUGUGGUUCAGCCCCCCUUCAACACAGGGGAAGAGAAGAAGAUCUUUCCGCAGUUCCACCCGCACAACCUUUUGGGAAACAAGUAUCUCCCCCUUCUAGGAGCGCCCCACAGAGGGCCUGGGUGUUACACAACAGACACUAGGUAUGACUGGGCGUACAACCUCUCCAAAACCCCGACCAGUAAGAAAGGAUACGCGUUGGGAGCCAGAACAACCAUGAGGUUUAAGCCGAAUAAGGAUCUGACACCUCACCCAGCCACAUACCAGUCAAUAGAUCUUCAGGAGGGAAAACAAAAACAAAGUUUUGCUCCAUUUAAUGUCAUGUUGCCUCGAUUUGUGAAACGCUCAAAGGACAUGAGUUAUCCUGGCCCUGACAUGUACAACCCAGUGAUAAAGCCACCCCCAAAAGUCACCUGGCCAAUGAAAUUUGGAUCUCCAGACUGGGAUCAGAUUCCACGUCUGCGGAAGAGGACCAUAAAAGCUGAGUUGCCCAGCGACAAGGACUUCAGAAGAUAUCGGAACCGCAUGGCCUACUUGAGCCUGUUUUACGGUUCCAGAGCCGAGCCUGCCUUCGCGUGCUCCUCCUGAGCACAGCCUCUCCCGGAUGGAGGACGGAGCUGCUCCGCUCCCUCGGCCCGGCCCCGGGUGGUCCUCUCUGGGGCCAGCGUGGGGCCUAGGGAGGGGCGGAGGCCCCUGCGGACCACGUGAGCGCAUCAAGGCGGGUUCUUACUGUACUUGGGCCUUCUCGGCACCUAUGUGGAAUACAAAGGCUUCUUUCCAACAUUCCUAA